AAUUCAGUUCAUUUCAAACUUAUUGAACUGGAUCGGAUUGAAAAAUGUUUGGAAUGGACUUAGACUCAAAUUUUCGAGUCCCAAUAUAUUCACACUGGAUUUCACUUCACCCUUCUGUAAUCCAGUCCAAAAAAUAUUUUAGCAUGUAAUAUAUGAUAUAUAGUAUAAUAUUUGAUAUAUAAUAUAUAAUAUUUAAUGUAUAUUUAAAAAAAUUCUUUGACUUUUUUGGUGAAAUUUUGGACUUUUUAACCUCUACGUUCAAAAUUUUAAAAGGAAAAAAAGUUAAGUAUCCAUUUUGGAAUUGAUGUAAUGAGUCCAAAUUUUCAAAUUUCAAUGAUUCAAUCAUGAGAAAACAUUGUGAACCUAAAUAAAAAAAAUAAAACAAUAUAUUGUAUAAUAAUUGGAUUGAAAUGGAUUCAAACUUAAGAAAAAAGUUUUGACCUCGACAAGAUUAAAAAAAAAUUGGAUCAAAUUUAAACUCAACUUCUCGAGUUUGAAAAUUUUUAAACUGAAUUUGAAUUUGACGAAGCCCAACCUAGUACAAUACAAUCCACUUACAAGUUACAACCCUACCCCGACAUAUGUACAAAAAAAAACCCGCAAGAAUGUCAAAAUUCCCAAUAAUAUCGUUGGUCCCAGGUCCCUGUUCAAUUAUUUCGAAUUUUCCACAUUGGUAGGACAUGCUCUUAAGUCUUAAGCAUUAUUUCUCAGUCAUCACUUUAUAAUAAGUUGAUAGUUUAUCCUCACGACUUCAUCUCUUCCCGUGAGAGACGCGUAAGAGAACCACUGCAACAAUUGCUUAUUUUCUUUUGUGAAAUUUCCUUGGUUUUUACUUACUUGGAGAUUUGUGACACUACACUAAUUUUUUGCUUGUUGGAUUGUGAAAGUACUGAAGUGUAAGACUAUUGAUCAGCAAAGUAUUAUUCAUAGGCUCAUUUGCUGUAUAUUCCAAUAAUUGAGAAUGGCAGCUCAAACCAAGAGUGUGGAAUCUUCAAUAAAAGACAAGCUUAGUAGUUUGCCUGCUAACGGUACUAAUCAUCGUAUUUACAAGGUACCUAAACACUUCGGCAAGGUAAAAAGAGAAUGUUAUACGCCUUUUGUUGUUUCAAUUGGUCCUAUUUACUACAAAAAGAACUUAAAAUCAUCACAAGAACUAAAAUUAAGGCAUCUCCAAUGCUUUAUGGAACUUGUUCGGAUGCAUAGUGACCGAGCUUACAACUUAGGCCAAUUUCAAGUUUUUUUGGAAAGGUGGGAGGGCAAAGCUCGUUCGUUCUAUGCAGAUAAAAUAAGUCUUGGGAGAGAUGACUUCCUCGAGAUGCUGAUGGUCGAUGCCGCAUUCAUUAUCUGCUAUAUUAUGUUGCGUUCUCUUCCUAAAAACUUUCUACCUAUAAAUCCUAUGAAAAAUAUGAGGGCAUGGGAGGAUAAGGUGCAACAAGAUCUGUUUCUUGCGGACAAUCAACUCCCUUUUUUACUUGUUCAUGACUUAUAUCACGAGGCAUUUGGUAGAGUUGCCGAUCAAAUUCUCUUCAAAGAACUUGUUUGUAGUUUUAUAGGUCAAACUAAUAUUCCUGGAAGAGCAGCUGCAUCUAGUGUAGGUAGAGUGAAAGUAAGGGAUAUAUCAGAUAUUAAGGAUUUCGUCGAUUUUUUGCGAAUUUGUUGCUUACCUCCCAAGCUUCGUCACAAUCAAAUCCAAGAAAGCAAUGUGAACAUGCUAUGUUGCUUACCUCUCAAAUGUAGUCAUGACCGAGACCAAGAAAACAAUGAUGUGAAACCUACUUGGUGCUUACCUUGUAAUAAACAUUCGGGCCUAAACCUUGAAGAUGAUGAAGAAACUGAUCAACUUCCUCCAAAGGCAAAAGAGUUGAAGGACGCAGGAGUAAAAUUUUUAGCAACACCUGGUAAGAAUUUACUAGAUAUCAAAUACACAGGUGGAGUGUUACAAAUUCCGAAAUUCUCAAUUCAAGACAACACAGAAGCUAUUCUUCGCAGUCUCAUAUUUUCUGAACAAUGCCACCACUAUGAAGAUUCAUAUUUUACUGAUUAUGCCUUCUUCCUCGAUGCACUGAUCGAUACUCCAGAAGAUGUACAAGUACUAGUUCAAAAUAAAAUAACCGAUCCUUGUCUUGGUAGUGAUGACGAGGUGGCGACUAUCAUAAAUCGAAUCACUACUUGCAGUAUGUUAUAUGCUCCUAAUUUCUACUAUUCUCAAGUUAGCCGAGAUUUGCAUGCGCAUGUUACCAAUAGAAGGAAUAAGUGGCGUGCUAUAUUGAUGAGAGAUUACUUCAAUCAUCCAUGGUCACUCAUUUCUGUGGUCUAUUUGGUGUUACUUCUUAUUCUCACAGUUUUACAGGUUUAUACUGGUUUUAAAGGAUAACUGUAUAUUGUACGAUUUAUGUAGAUGGAAGUAACUGUUGGAUUAUGCUUCAGAAUUACUCAAAUAGUUUUCCUAAUAGUUAGGAUUAGUUGCUAAUAAUUAGUUAGUGGACUAACAAGUAAUGGUAUACGUAAUGGUCUAUUUAGUGAGAUAAUAAGCAGUGGGUUAAGUGGUGGAUAUGUUAUUAGUAGUGUUUUGUAUGUCUAUUUAAAGGUUGUUUUGUUUAGUUAUUUAUAUAUGAAAAAUAUAAAAAUGUAGUCUUUCUAAUUUCUCUCCAAGUUUCUCUUUUUUCUCCUCUAAAAAUUCUACACGGUAUCAAGAGCAUCAGGUUAAAUCCUAAAAAAAAAUAGAGAGAAAUGAAGAAAAAAAAAGAAAAAGGAGAGGAAAAAAAAGUUAGGAGAGAAAAUAAGAGAAACAAAAAAAUAA